AUGGUGCCUUCCACUCCUGCUAAGAUACUCGUUGGUAUAUCUUUGGACCCAAAUGAGAGCAAAGAGUUGCUUUCAUGGGCAAUCAGAGUUCUUGCUCAUCCGAAUGACAACAUUGUCGCGGUUCACAUUCUGGCUGGCAAGGAGAGGGAGAAAUAUGGAUUAAAAGCAGAAAAUCAAUCGCAACUUCGCCGAGCAAAAGCUUUUGUUAUAUCUGUGCUAGGAGAAUUUGCCAGGACCUGUCAAUCCAAGCAGGUUAAUUUGGAGGCUAGAGUUGGUUUUAGCUCCAGAGUCGGAGGAGGUCUAAUCAAGGAAGCGAAAUCAGUUUCAGCAGACUAUCUUGUUCUUGGUGGCUCAAGAAACCAACCAAACAGAUCUCCGCACAUUGCAACGUAUUGUUUUCGAAAUGUUCCAAAUGGCUGCUCACUUGUUUUAUUUGGGAAAUGCAAGCCACCACAACAAAAUUUAGAUUCAGAAUCUACACACUCUAAAGAAACCGGCCGACCAAGUUCGAGACUGACCGACAAGAGCAUUAAGAGUGACAGAGCAAUCUCCCUUAAACAAAAGCUAAAUGUCUCAGAAAGUAAGAGUAAAAAUUCUUCACCAAGAACCGUUUUAGAUGAACUUGAAGCUGCAUCCCAUAGCACAGAAGAUGACACCUUAAGCAGUGGAGAUUCAUCCAUCACAGAUUUACCUUCUGUGACUCCAAGCUUUCGGACCAAAUCUAAUUUAAGAAAGCAAGGAUUCUCACCAUGCACAGUUAUUUUUUCUAUCCUUGGUUCACCAUUUAGGAAAAGGAACUCCAGCAAAGGAAUGAGACAGCCUUUGUUAAAGUGCUUCAGCUAUGAGGAAAUCAUGAAUGCGACAAACAACUUCAACACAGAUAAUAUAGUGGGCAGAGGAGGGUACUCUGAGGUGUAUAGAGGAGAUCUUUCUGAUGGACAAACCAUUGCUGUGAAGAGGUUGGCUAAGGACAACAAAGAUGCUAAAAAGGAGAAAGAGUUUCUCAUGGAAUUGGGAAUAAUUGGACAUGUUUGCCAUCCUAAUACUGCUAGCUUAGUUGGAUGCUGCAUUGAGAAUGGACUUCACCUCAUUUUCAAUUUCUCUCAGAAUGGAAAUUUGGCAUCUGCAUUGCAUGGAAAAGAAAGCACUUCUCUUGACUGGCCCAUUAGAUACAAAAUCGCCAUUGGAGUUGCGAGAGGCCUGCAUUAUCUUCACAAAUGUUGCAAGCACCGCAUAAUCCACCGUGACAUAAAAGCCUCAAAUGUCCUUCUUGGGCCAGACUAUGAACCACAGAUUACAGAUUUUGGACUGGCGAAAUGGCUCCCUAACAAAUGGACUCACCACGCUGUGAUUCCAAUUGAAGGCACCUUUGGAUACUUGGCGCCAGAGUACUUUAUGCAUGGGAUUGUUGAUGAGAAAACAGAUGUUUUUGCUUUUGGAGUUCUCCUUUUGGAGAUUGUAACUGGUCGUAGGCCUGUGGAUUCUUCCAAGAGCAACCUUCUUCUUUGGGCUAAGCCCCUAAUGGAAUCAGGAGACAUUGCCAAUCUAGCUGACCCAAAAAUGGAAGGCAAAUAUGAUGCCGAACAGCUGCACAGAAUAGCGCUAACCGCUUCUUAUUGCAUCCGACAAUCGUCAAUUUGGCGUCCGUCAAUGACUGAGGUGUUGGAGCUUUUAACUGAUGGCCGUGACUCUGAGGUUGCAAGGAGCUGGAGAAUUCCAAAGUUUACCUGUGAUGAGUUAGAUGAUUACUCAAUGGCUUAUGGCUACGAAGUUCCAAGAGACUUUCUCUUAGAGGAUUCUUUAAGUAUGUAAAGUAGGUCUACUUUUCUCGCUUUUGGGGAUUUUGCUACAGGCUGAAU